AUGAUUAGUAACCUAUUCAGUGUGCCGGAAUAUCGUGUACUAACUAUGGGUCUCGAUGCAUCAGGAAAAACAACGAUUCUUUAUAAAUUAAAACUCAAUGAAACUAUCCAAACAAUUCCGACUAUUGGUUUCAACGUAGAAGCAAUAAUGUUUAAUCAUACUUCCUUAACUGUUUGGGAUGUGGGAGGACGUGACAAAAUUCGUCCUUUAAUACGACACUAUUUUCAAAAUACACACGCUGUUAUUUUCGUGAUUGAUUCAAAUGACAGAGAUCGAUUACCAGAAACAACAGAAGAAUUGCGGCGCAUAUUAGAAGCUGACGAAUUAAGGAACAUACCUAUAUUAUUCUACCUAAAUAAAAUCGAUUUACCUAAUGCAAUGAAAUCUGAAUAUGUUAUUCAAGAACUGAAACUGAAUAAUAUUAGAAAUAGGCCAUGGCUUUUGCAACCAUGUUGUGCUUGUACGGGUGAUGGUUUGUACGAAGGCUUAAGUUGGCUGAUACGCGCAUUGAAAUCACCACAUACUGCGGAAUCUGGACACACAAUCCCAGAAUCAAAUGCUUCAAAAAUCACAGUUGAGAAUGAUCGUCAUGUAGAUAAGUCAUUAGAGUGGUUAACUCAAAUAGAUGAUGACACAAAUGAAGAAUUUAUUGAGAAAUUCGAAAAAGAUCAGCUCCCGGUUGAGACAUUUGAUCAUCGAACAUUGUUGAGAACAAUAUGGGCUUAUUUAACAAUAUACGGUAGACAAAAGACAGUUAAAAUGAUAUUUGAUCAUCUUAAAACUUAUAUUAGAGAUAUGAAUGAAACAUUAGUUUAUUUUUGGAUACAAAUCUUACAUUAUGCAUUCGAAGCAACGAAAAAUCCGACAAAUGAUUUUACAGGUUUCCUAUUAAUGAAUCCUCAAUUACUCAAUGAAACUGAUCUACCUUUGAGUUAUUAUAAGAAGGAUACGUUAUUUAGUAGUCAAGCGAAAACAGCCGUUGUUUUGCCAGAUAAAAAACAGUUGCCAAGCAUCUUACCAACAUCAUCCGCUUCUACCAUGAAUAAAGUGAAGAAUAAAAAUGACUCGAUAGUUGAAUCAUUCAUUGAUGAAUUAGAUGAUGAUGAAUUUCUAAAACAAUUUGAAUCGUAUACGUUAAAAAGUUGGUCUCAUAAAACUCACUUACGUAUAGCAUGGCUUUAUUUGACACGUGAUGGACGUCGUCUGGGAGUUAACAAAAUAUUUGAUGGUAUUAAAAAUUUCAUUCAAAAUAGUCCCAUUGCACGAAAAACAAUAUUUCAUUUUACAAUGACAUAUUUUUGGAUUCAAAUGAUUGAUCUAGCUAUUGCACAAAGUCUGAAAGAAACCAAGUUCGAAGAAUUUCUUCGUUUAAAUCGACAUUUACUCAACGGAGAUUUAUUUCUUCAAUAUUACAAGAAAGAAACAAUGUUAAACAAUCCAAUUGCUAGGAAAGAAAUGGUAUUGCCGGAUAUCAAACCAUUACCAACUUUUGUUACAGUCAGCAAUAAAAAAUGA